GGGGAGGAGAAGAAGAGGGGGUACUGUUAUCAUCCGUCAGGGCAGUGUGUCGAGCUUUUGUCCAGGAGAAAUGGCCGGGAUCAAAGCUCUCAUCAGCCUCUCCUUCGGAGGGGCCAUCGGCCUCAUGUUCCUCAUGCUUGGAUGUGCCCUACCAGUAUAUGACAAAUACUGGCCUUUGUUCCUCCUCUUCUUCUACAUCCUCUCGCCCAUCCCUUACUGCAUCUCGCGGCGGGUGGUUGAUGACACAGACUCCGCUAGCAACGCCUGCAAAGAGCUGGCCAUCUUCCUCACGACGGGCAUCGUCAUCUCAGCCUUUGGCCUGCCCAUCGUCUUUGCUAGAGCUGAAGUGAUCGCCUGGGGGGCGUGCGCGCUCGUGUUAACAGGUAAUGUAGUCAUCUUCGGGACCAUCCUGGGCUUCUUCCUGGUCUUCGGCUCCAACGACGACUUCAGUUGGCAGCAGUGGUAAAACGGCCAAAUGAAGGAGAGCGGCAGGGGAAGGGGGGACCUUAGUCUGAACUGUUUUUAUUAGCAUUACAAUUAUUAUUAUAGUAUUACUGUUUGGUUGUUGUUGUUAUUCAUAUGAUGACCACCCAUCCAUAGACUUACACCAGACCAGUGCAAUACUUUGUUUUAUUUUUAAAUUGCCUGCUUUAUGUUGAACUGACACAAGAAAGAUGGAAAAUGCUGACUUGUACUAUGAUUUUAUUUUUUACAUUUUGUUUUAGGUUUUGUCCUAAAACAAGAUUUCUUGUCGUUAUUUGACCUACUGCUUAAGUCAUAAAGAACAACAUGGCAAGUUGCCGUUGGUAUUAAAGGGUGACAUUUUGCUAAAAUAGCGCAGAGUUUGACAUCUUCUGUAAAUGUAAAGUGACCUACAUUGCUCUUCGACACUUGGUGAGAACCUGACUGCUAGGGCAGGAAUCAAUAAUGAGCGUCUUUUGAAGAAGCCAUAUGUGGCUUUUCCUUUUCACUUGGGUUCAGGCUUGUAUCUCUGCAAACAGAUGUUCUCUCCUUCAUUUGGCUCAGACACCAAGGAAAAAAACAAUACUCCUUUAUCUAAUUGUCAUGGAAAAACAUUUCAGAGGAUUGUUUUAAUGCAAUAUGCAGGCAUCAGCAGAUAUUCAGUACUGGCAUUAAAAGAUAAAAUAACUACUAACAAUGCAUUUUCCCUCAUGAUAAACGUUAUGCUCGCAAACACACUCAUUACUUUUUAAAUUUGCUUUGAAAGUCAACAGAAACUUAACGUUUCAUACUGCCUGUAAAAUAUGAUUACAUAUGACAUUUAAACCUUUUUUUGAUUAGCAAAUAACACCAGGAGAAAGAACAGCAGGCUGGCACGCACCCAGACAUCAGAUUUUAUUACCAUCUUACUUAGCAUCCAUUUGCUCUGAUUAUACCCUGUGUGAGACAUCUACACUGUAACGCCCAGAAAGCAAGAAAAACCUUGCUUUUUGCAGCAGCUAGCUUAGCUUCAGGACAGCAGCGCUGUUAGAAAAACCACAUAAAGGCGCCUAAUUAUCAUUAACAACCUUUAAACGUUGCAAUUUGACUCCUUGAUCGUAUCAAUGAACCUGCAUAAGUGUUAAUUAAGCACAUUUGCUCCGUUUCCAGGGUAAAAACUCCAGCGCAUUCACUGCUUUAACUGGAGGUUGUCUCUGAGGUCUACGACAUUUUGCUCUAGCAUGCAGCUUGAGGCCGUUAAACUGCUUUAGGAUCUAAACGUGGAGUUAAGCUGCAGCCUGAAUGCAGCUCUUCUCUGAGGGGAAGGUUUAGAUCUUCAGGUUGCAUCGUUUAUUUACGUUUUCUCCAUUAUGUGUCGAGCCCUGAUGGUGCCUCUUCCUCUGGCAGAUUCCCAGACAUAUUAUCUCACAAUCACAGUUUGUUCUUUAGACUUAAUACAGUUGUAUUAUUUAUUGCAAUGUUUUUCGUAGCAACUCAAAAUCACCAAAUUACCACAAAAGACAGACAAUGUAUGGAGGAGUUUCUGUUAAAUAAUAACAUUUUUAAUUCCUCUGACCCCAACUUGACACUUCAUAUAGUGAAGAUUAAACAGGCUAUUAAAAGGGCUGAAUGAUUUCAAUGGUUACCAACAUAAUAGAUCUGUCAGCGGAUUUUAAUUAUUCUUUCUAAAAAUUCUAAACUGAUCAGAAAUUCUGGAUUAGUUAUCAGACUCAGAGAUUUAUAUAGAACUAGUUAAAACAGCACAAAAUCUAAAAACUGUAAAGAUAAAUAUCAGUGUUCAUCCUGAGGGAAUAAAAUUAUAGCUUUUGUUUCUUAUUCUGGGCAGAGUGCUUUUUAUGCAUGCUGUCUGAAAAAUAUGA